AUAAUAUAAUUUCGAUAACUUUCUUAUAAAUCUAUUUUAUCAUAAUUCACGGUGUUCAGAGGCGCAUCUUCUCACUUGUUACCUCGCUUAAUCGUUGUCCGACCUUCAAGCUUCCAGGUUGACUUGGACGCCUAAUCUCGACCUCGACUCAGCUGCAAGUCCAUCAAUCCAACUCAAUCUAAUCUCAACACCAGGUCAUCAAAAUGGAGAGCACAUACCAGAAUUUCACUCUCUUCCCUCACCUCCCUCCUGAACUUCGAGACAGAAUAUGUCUCCUCGCUCUCCCCAUCCAGCCUCGCCUGAUCCCCUAUGCCGCAACAGAAACACCAUCCCUCGCAUACGUCAACCACGAGUCACGUCUAGUCUUCCUCUCCGUAUACACAAAAUGUUUCCUCACAGCGGACUGUGCCUCUAUGCAAGUCCUCCCAUACCCCAUCUCACCCUACGCAAACUUAUCCAUCGACACGCUGUUUCUAUUCUGGGACAUCCGGCCUAAGGAUCGAUAUCCUUUUCCGUCAUCGAAAUGGAUGACUCCAGAGGGCCGACGGAAACUAAGACACAUAGCUGUCGGGCUAGGGUUGUGGAUAUCGCUGCGUGGGCACAUGCAUGAAUUUGCGGGCCUAGAGAGCUUGACGUUCGCGAUGGGGAUGACGCUUCCGCAUGAGAAGUUGCGGAAUCUGAGGAAUAGGGGGUAUUUGCUUGAGAUUGAUGAGAAACACUAUCGUUGGGAGGAGCAUAAGGAUUUUUGGGAAGAGUUGAAGGGUGGUCUAGAGGAUUUCUCUGAGGAGCUGAAGCACAUGUCGUUGGCGGAGGUUGUGGAUCCAGAGGAAUUUUAUCCCUCGCUCGAUGCCCGAUUUCUUCUUAGCUUUUGAUUGGGGUUUUCUGUUGAUGCUAGAAUGAUGUUACUUUCAAACCUCUGAGGUUUGUAGCGUCACGUGCUCAGUUAUGGAAUCUGCACCAUCUGCUGUCUUGCUUCGUUUCAGGCUUGAACAUUCCUCUUCUCGUUACUCUCGUGUUCCAUUUCUGCAGCUUUUGCUUGUGUUUGAGUUAUGUAUGUGCAUCGUGCCCAAUCGGAUGUAUCUUCCUGAGACAGGUUUCGGGAGUAUGGGGGAGAGGUACCGUCAAAGGACAACUUUUGAGCUGUGUAGCCUUAUAAGGUAGCAUCUCAAACUUGGAAAAAAAUUCAGCAGUUGAAAGUCAAGUGUAUAUUACAGGCUCG